AUAGAGAGAGGAAGGAGUGAGUGAGUGUGUGAGUGAGUAAGAAAGAACGAGGAAAAGAGGGAGUGUGUGUACAUGCACCGGAGAGGGAGAGAGGGAAAGAGAGAGAUAAGUUAGGAGUUAAAGAAACUGAAUCGAUUUUUUGUAGUGUGAGGGAAAAAGCAAAUAAUAAUAAUAAUAAUAACAAUAAAAAAUAAAUUACAUUGGCCAGUAGAAUUGACCGGGGCGCCGAAGGAAGAGAAGAUUUUCCUCCUUAUAUUGUGUGUGUUUUUGGAGCUGUUAGAAUAGAAGAGGGACGCGGCGUUUUUAAGUCACACUGAUCUGAUGGUCAUGACGGCAGCUGUCGAUAUGAAACCGACAAUAACGAUCAUAAAGACUGAAAAAAUGGACGAUCCAGAGUGUGGAGAUGUCCCCCUGCUAACACCAGGAAGUAAAGAGAUGAUGUCCCAGGCUCUGAAGGCCACCUUCAGUGGCUUCACAAAGGAACAGCUGCGGCUGGGUAUUCCCAAAGAUCCCAGACAGUGGACAGAAAGCCAUGUGGCUGAGUGGCUAACAUGGACAGUGAAUGAGUUCAGUCUGAAGAACGUUGACUUUGACAAAUUCUGCAUGAACGGAGCCAACCUGUGUGCUAUGGGGAAGGAGCGUUUCCUGGACUUAGCACCUGACUUUGUGGGUGACAUCCUUUGGGAACAUUUAGAAAUGCUUCAAAAAGAGGACACAAAGCAUUAUCCCAUCAAUGGACUGACCUCCAACUUCCAGGAAUCCCGUUAUACCUCAGACUACUUUGGCAACUACGGCAUUGAGCAUGCUCAGUGUGUCCCUCCUUCUGAAUACUCAGAGCCCGGCUUCAUCACAGAGUCCUACCAGACACUUCAUCCCAUCAGCUCAGAGGACUUGCUGACGCUCAAGUAUGAGAAUGAAUACCCUGCUGUCAUCCUACGGGACACGCCCCUCAACCCACUGCAGGGGGACUACUUUUCUGUCAAGCAGGAGGUGGUGUCCCCUGACAACAUGUGUGUGGGACGCCUCAGCAGAGGUAAGCUCGGUGGCCAGGACUCCUUUGAGAGCAUUGAGAGCUUUGAGAGCUGUGACCGAUUGACCCAGUCAUGGAGCAGCCAGUCCUCAUUCAGCAGCCUGCAGCGGGUACCUUCAUAUGACAGCUUUGACUCAGAAGACUACCCCACCGCCUUGCACGGCCAUAAGCCCAAGGGCACCUUCAAAGACUAUGUGAGGGAGCGCUCAGACCUCAGCAAGGAUAAACCCGUCAUCCCCGCAGCGGCACUGGCAGGAUACACAGGCAGCGGCCCCAUCCAGCUGUGGCAGUUUCUUCUGGAGCUGCUGACCGACAAGUCUUGCCAGUCCUUCAUCAGCUGGACAGGCGACGGCUGGGAGUUCAAGCUUUCUGACCCAGAUGAGGUUGCUAGGAGGUGGGGCAAGAGGAAAAACAAGCCCAAAAUGAACUAUGAGAAGCUGAGCCGUGGCCUGCGCUACUACUAUGACAAGAAUAUCAUCCACAAGACAUCGGGGAAACGCUACGUCUACCGCUUUGUCUGUGACUUAAAAAGCCUGCUGGGGUACACUCCUGAGGAGCUGCAUGCAAUGUUGGACGUAAAGCCUGAUACGGACGAGUGAAAGCAAAGAUGAAAAAUGAAGUGAACACAAAUGUUAAGGAGCCACAUGGACUGGGGCUCAUAAAGUGGUCUUAACUGUUUGAUAGCAUCGGUAAAUCAUUUUUUCGAGGACCAAAAUGUUUUUAAUGACUAUCUGUGGUCUAACUUGUCAACUUUGAGCUCCUGUCUCCGAGACCAUGUUUUAAAAAGAAGGCACAAUCCAAAAGCCUGUAUUCAUAAUCUUGCAUUUGAGAUGUGUGUGCGCGCAUGUGUGUGAGUGAGCGUGCGUAUGUUUGAUGUAUACUGGUAUUAUUUAGCAGCUCAAGGCAGAUGGAGUGCUAUCGGGUAGAGUUCAGCUUCCAUUCUGCCUAAGUAGCACAGUGGGGAGACAAGAGGGGCCAAGACAGAAAGAGUGAGAGGACAUAGAGAAAAAUAAAAGCGCAAAAUAAAAUGACUUCAUUUCAUGGUUGGGGUAAAAAGAGAGCGGGCGGAAGGUUCCCGCAAAGAAAAUGGUUGCCAAAAUGUAAAAACUGAACUGCGGAAGGUUAAAUGUCAUAUUUAAAUUUACGUUCACUGUUUCUCUUUGGCAAGGAGAGACAGAGUUAUCAGCUUGGACCAAAAAGUGUUGUUUAUGAUUUGUUGUUUUUAAGGAGCGUAUGCUUGUGCCAGUAUUGUGUUAUUGAACACCCAAUGUAAACCUACCUACCAGGCAUAUAGUGGAAAGAGUAUUUUUCUUAUGUUGUCAAUGAAGGUAUCUCAGUGGAACCAAAUAUCAGAUGCCAUCAGAAGUUUAACUGUUCUCUAGGAGCCUUUAACUGAAAUGUGCUGAUUCGUUAUCAGACAACACUAUAGACACUGGCCCUGUGCAUUGAUAGGGUGUGAGGACCUCAUGAGAUUACUCAUACCAAGAGCGUCUGAUCGACAGACAACUGAAAGUAGCCGUUGCUUUUGAAACUGACGCUUUCACCUUUAUGUACUUGUUUGCCACCUUGUUAGAGACACAUAUUGUGACUGAAACUUAUGCAUUUUUGCAUAUACCACCAGUAUUAGCAAACUGUAGACAAUCUAUGUGGGGAAAUUCAGGAGUCCUUGGUAAGAAGAGUUGUUUAAUGUGCAGAUUAGAUGACAUAGUUUGUCGGUUCACUGUCCAUGUUAGCGUUGCUUUAGAAGUGUUUGAAUAGUCUACGUGUCUGUAAAUUAAAAUCACAAGUGAAGUAGAUGAGGAAGUGAUUUUACAAAAUUGUAAGAAUGUCAGAUUUUUUUUUUUCCUUUUAUCAUGCAGAACAUUUUGGCCAUAAGGAAGUGGCUGCAGUAUAGUGUGAAGGUACAGUGUAGGAAAAAGGGACGGGCAAUAGAAAAACGUUGACUAGAGAGAAUUAGAAGCUGUAUGGGAUAGAUGAAUGUGACUGAAAGGAGACCGUGGACCCUGCAGAUAAUGAUCGCUUGUGAGGUCUGAGAGAAAAUGACUGACAGAAAUGAUGCAAGUUGGCACUGGUUAGAGGUUUGCAGUACAUGGGUUGUGUGUUUAAUUCGCCAUUGCCAUCAAGCUUGGAUGCAGCUGUCCGCUGAAAUCUGAAUGCAAAUAGAGAUAUAUAGGACUAGUGACAGACAUUUGUGUUUAAUUUGUAGGUGUGUUUAUUUAUCUAUGAACAACAAAAAUAACCUUCAGUUCAUACAGAGUAACUCAUGUAUGAUUCCACCUAUCUUUGUGUAGUUUGCUCAAAAUACAGGCAUAGAGGUUCACUGGUUACAUUUGGCAGCAGUUUCCUCCCAACAGUGGGAACAGUGGCUGUACACUGGCUUUAUGGGAAAUGCCAAAGUGAAAAAUCAUCUUACAAUACAAUGUUAUUGUUUACAGUGGCUGAAUGUUACCCAUAUGGAUGAAAAUAGCUUUUGAGAUGUCUAUUUGUACAGAUUGUAUUUCAUAAUGCUUUAUUGAGACCCAGAUUACACAAAUAAGCAAGAGACAAAGCAGGAAUAAUAACCAAAACCCAUGUGAGGUCUUUGGCCACGGCGCUUCGCGUAUCGUCCACAAUGUUGGAAGACAGGGACCAGAAAUCUCUCACGUUUUGAAAGUGUUGACUUUUCUUUCAUCUUUUGUUAAUAGAAGUGUUGGAAAGCACACACAGCUCUAGGACAAAGAGAAAUGCCUUCGUGAUCUGGGUUUUCCAUUGAGUGCAGAAAAGAGAUGCUGAAUAUGUUCAUAAUGUUUAAUUGGCUUGUCCACCAUCAUCAAGCACUGACUCACAAACCUUUACCCAUGCUUGUCAUCCCACACAAAGAAAUUCAACAAUUUAAUUGGUAAUAAGCUUCACUUGUACUUUCAUUCUUCUCUGCAUUGGCGUCAAGGUUUCAAAACACUGUUUUUUGUUUUGUUCAGGUUUUUUUUUUUCCUAAUGUCAGUGUUUUAUGUUAAAGAGAACUUUACAGAUUUUUAAAUAUAUUUGUAACAGAUGCCAGUGCCAUGGAAAAAAAAACGUUUUCUUUUUUCCCAACACGAGCUCAUAUUGUUAGUAUCGUUCAAUUCAUAAGAUCAUUUUGUUAAAACAAAACAUUCUGUUACUGAAAAUGUUAAUAUUUUGAGAAUUAUUUUGUCAGGAAAAUAUACUGUUAACUGUCAGAGAUUACUGCAGGUCUUAUGUAUUAAUGAACCUUAGUCAGACAAGUGUAUACGCAUCGAUAGAUUGUGGCAUAUCUCAGAAUGGAUUCAGAAGGAAAAAACAUUUUUUUAAGUUUUGGAUGUUGUUUUUUUUGUAUAUUUUAUAGUGUCUCUGUAUUUUUUUUAUGAGAUCAUUUUUAUUGUAUUUAGUUCACAAACAUCUGAAUAUUUUUCAAUAAUUUAUAUUUUAUAAAAGACAAGAGAUGCAGACAGCUGGUGCUUUUGUGGGAAUUUAAAGGUAGCGCAGGACAAAACAAUGUAGCGAUUUUUUUUAUUUCUUUUGUUUGUUUUUGUUGUUUUUUUUAAUCCUUUUUUAUAUAGAAGAUAGACCUGUCUGCUAGAGAAAAAAAGGCUGAUGCUGGCCCAUCAAUGAUUUCUGCUGGAAAGGUUUUAUAAACUGUAGCUUCUAUUUCUAAAAUGUACUUAAUGUACUUCAAAAUGUUAUAAAAUAUAUGUGAACAAAGAUUUAAUAAUUGUGUGUGAUGUUACUGUUUUGAUUCAUGAACAGUUAUUAGUGCUAAAUAUUAAUCUAUCAUACUAUUA